AUGUGCUAUUGUCUUCCUAAUAUCGAUUUUCCAAAAGGUUUGAGGUUAAUUAGGAAUGAAUUAGAUUAUUCCACUUUUAUAGCCAUUGCAUAUGAAUGUCAUGUCAUACUCCUACUGUAUGUAGACCAUUUUGAUGAGACAGGCCAUACAGAUGAUAAUGGCAACCCUUAUUUUCUCCAAAAUGAUAAUGAGGCAGAGUGUGACAUGCGUGACAAUGUAGGUGAAUGUGAACCUGUUAAUGAUGACAUGGGGGAGAAUGAGGAUGAUGAGGAUGAUGUUGAUACUAAUUUGCCAAAUAUAUGCAAUGAAAAGAAACCUUGGAAAGAGCAACAACAUGUGUUAAGGAAACCAGAAAGUGUGAGACAAACACAAGAGUCAGUGAAAAUGGUGAGGGGUGGGGAAGAUGUUGCAACGGGUGAUGCUGAUAGGGAAGAUAUUGAAAUGGCUGAUGCUAGUGGUCAAGAUAACAUGGUUAAUAAGCAGCAAUUGCAUUUUGGUAAAGUCGAACAGCCUACGACGAGGAAAAAAUAUGAAAGUAUCCUUAAAUGA